AUGCAGUCCAUAGUGGCUUAUGUGCGUACAUUACUUGGAUGGUGCGACGAUAAUCCUAUAGUCAGGACAAGCUUCAAAAGAGACAGGAACGACGAUGAUUUCUCGUCCGACGAGGAAUCUCCCGUUCUGAAAAGACUAAAAAAAAUGCCUAAAACAUCAUUCCCCGAUGUCAUGGAUUCCAAAGAUAUGUGGAGUGAAGAAAAACAAAAUAAGAAUGUUAGGUAUAUACCAAUUCAAAUCGAAUCAGGACACCCGAGCACAUCAACGCCCAUUGAUGUAACAUCUAAGUUAGGGAGCCGGUUUAGGACUGUGCCAAUGAAGUUAACAUCAAAUGGACCUUCACCCGUUCAAAGACCGAGGAAACACACCCCCGUGAGACCCGUCGCUCAACCUGUGAUAGUGGAUGAGGACGACCAACAAGAGGUGACAUGGGUCGAAGCUAAACCUGAAACCAAGAAGCCCUCAAAGGUUUACAUAAAUAUUGAUGAUGAAGACGAAGACUAUGAAAAUCAAGAUGAUGAUGAUGAUGUGAUAUUUGUUAAAGCAGUGUCAUCACCGCCACCCGUCAGACCUUAUAAAUUCUUUGUCAGUAAAAAUAACAAUGAAUCAAAUUCUAAAGAUGAAGAAUAUGUUAAGUACAUAAAAGUAGGUCCCAAGUUAAAUGAUAGAAGUUCUUUGUCUCCUAGAACAUACAGUAAGUUUAAAGCCCCUGCUGGGAUCACUAAAGUAUAUAAAAAAGCCCCCACUCCUGUACCGAGGUGGAUGCAAGUACAUAAAACAAACCUUCAAACAUCCAGAAGUAGACUCACUAAUGGUAAUGGAAAAUCGGCAAUGGCAGAAGUAUUCAAUUUAGACGAAAAAAGAAAUUAUCAGGAGCUCAUCAGGAGAGUGACUGGAAAUAUAAAACCAUCAUCGAUAGGAAAACCUUUGGAUAUAAAGAACUUGGCAGACGAGUCCGCUGCUUUUAGAUCAACUCUCAGGUCACAGAAGAGUGCGUUAAAUGAAUUGAAACUGGUUGAACAGGGGCUCAAUAGUAUUAAAGACAAUGAAUCCACUAAAGAGUAUGAUCCCAUCACGGUGGCAUCCAUCAACUCCUCCGACUCAGAAGUGGAGAUAAUCACAUCGGACGCUUCUACAUCAUCAUCUGUCAGAAUCGAUCCCAUCAAUACACUCAAGGAUUCAUACAGAGACAGAGCCAUCACCUCCACGGACUGGCUCUCCAAACUGGACAGUAAAUAUAGGAAAAAGAGGCAGGAGACACAGGAGAAGCUGAAGGAUGCUCGGCGGGAGUCAGAUAUCAUAUCUAAGGUUAACUAUGAACAAAAAUUAGCACAUCUGGAGCACAAGCUCAAGUAUGAGUUGAGUAUACCCGAGAGUCUCAUAGAGGAGGUGCAGCCCACCGUGGAGCUGCCGGCCUUGACUCCAGAACAAGAGAAACUAGUCAACAGGGCUCUGGGACCCGGACCACCGGGACAACUGCUGGUGGAGAAAUUUAACUUAAGGAUACACAGACGGGAUCUCCAAACUCUGGCGGGUUUGAACUGGCUCAACGACGAGGUGAUCAAUUUCUACAUGAACCUGCUGAUGCAGAGGAGCGAGGAGCGCAAGGAGCUGCCGCGGGUGUACGCCACCAACACGUUCUUCUACCCCAAGCUCAUGCAGAGUGGACAGGCCGGACUCAGGAGGUGGACGAGGAAGGUGGACAUCUUCGCCCACGACCUGAUGGUGGUGCCGGUCCACCUGGGCGUCCACUGGUGUCUCAGCCUCAUCGACUUCCGGGAGAAGAAGAUCUCGUACCUGGACAGCAUGGGCGCCAGGAACGAGCCCUGCCUGGCCGCGCUGCUGCAGUACCUGCGAGACGAGCACCUGGACAAGAAGGGGGCGGCGUUCGACGACCGGGGCUGGAGGACCGAGAACAUGAAGGACAUCCCCCAGCAGAUGAACGGCAGCGACUGCGGCAUGUUCGCGUGCACGUUCGCCGAGUUCAGUUCGCGAGGCGCGCGCUACACCUUCAGCCAGGCGCACAUGCCCUACCUGCGGAGGAAGGCCGCGCUGGAGAUACUGCAGGCGCGCCUGCUGCUGUAG